AUGGGAGUUAUCAAUAAGCUUUUAUUUGGCAUAUUCUCCAUAGCCCUAAUCUUAAGCACCCAUGUCUCUCAGGCCAGACCCAACAAAGAACCCCACCACCAGGACUUCAUAGAUGAACACAACAGAGCUCGAGCUGAGGUUGGUGUUGGUCCAAUCAAAUGGAACGACACCGUUGCAGCCUACGCCCAGAAGUAUGCGGAUUCGAAGAUUGAGACGUGUGAAAUGGUGCACUCACAGGGGCCAUAUGGUGAGAACUUGGCUGAAGGCUAUGGAGAAAUGACCGGCGGGCAGGCUGUGAAGUUUUGGGUGACUGAGAAGCCCAACUACGACUAUGCCUCCAACACAUGCGUUGGUGAUGUUUGUGGGCACUACACUCAGGUGGUUUGGCGCAAUUCGACUCAUGUGGGUUGUGCUAGGGCUAAGUGCAAGAAUGGCUGGAUGUUUGUGAUUUGUAGUUAUUACCCGCCUGGAAAUUAUAUAGGAGAGCGUCCUUACUAG